AGACUCGAGCAACAGGAUGCCCUGUCUGACCUGGAUGAGGCCAUCAAACUCUACGCUGCCGCCCUAGCACUGUGUCCCCCUGGCCAUAAUACUGAAUUGGAGUAUAUCAACAGCCUUGCCACCAGCCUUAGUGACCGAUUUCAGCAGCACGGAACCCUGUCUGAACUGGAAGAUGUCAUCGAGCUCCACAGAGCUACACUCAUAUUCUAUCCACCUCACCAUGCUCUUCGAUCCAAUUAUAUGAACAACCUUGCCGUCAGCCUUUGUGACAGAUUUAGGCAGCAGGGCGCUCUGUCUGACUUGGACGAGGCCACCGAGUUCUACCGGGCAGCACUCGCACUGCGUUCCCCUGGCCAU